AUGAUCAAGAAAAGAAGGAAUAAUGGUCAUGCCGAAAAGGGCCGUGGCCACGUGCAGCCUGUUCGCUGCACCAGCUGUGCUGGAUGCAUGCCCAGGGAUAAGGCCAUUAAGAAGUACGUCAUUCGGAACAUCGUAGAGGCCGCAGCGGUCAGAGACAUUUCCGAAGCGAGCGUUUUCGACGCCUAUGUGCUUCCCAAGCUGUACGUGAAACUGCAUUACUGCGUGAGUUGUUCCAUUCACAGCAACGUAGUCAGGAGUCAUUCUCAGGAAGCCCGGAAGGACCGAACACCUCCACCCUGA